UGUAAACACUUUGUUCAGAUUUAAUGCUCAUGUACCAAAGAACAUCUCAACGCUUACAAACAUAUCGCUAGCACGCACACAUUCCAGGAAAGCAACCGUGUUAAUUAGGUGUCGAUGUGGGUGCAAACGAGCAAUUUUCCUGUUACUAAGGCAUUGAUCUUUGCUAAGAAAUCAAUCUUUGACGAAGUAUGAAUACAACAAUUAGUCAUCUCAUAUCUACCAGUAUGCCUCCCCCAGUCGUAACAUGGAGCAGAGCUGAACGAAUAUUUCAAGUAGUUUGUUUGACAAUGAUCAUGGUAACCGGUAUUGUUGGUAACGGUCUAGUAAUUCUUUCCGUAAUCAUUUCACGGCGGUUACGUACCGUCACGAACGUUUACGUUGUUAAUCUUGCCGUUACGGAUCUCAUAACCACUUUGAAUAUACCGUGGCAAAUAGUAGCAUUAUUGUCAAACACCAAUGGAUCUUGGCCUCUGGGGGAUUGGCUGUGUAUCUGGGCAGCGGGAACAUCGGUCGUUUGCAUAUCUUGCAGUAUUUACACGAUGGCUAUGAUAGCGAUUAGUCGUCUGAUUUCGAUCGCAAGUGAACUUAACCAUCGUAAUGCCUGCACGUUCAGACGCUCCUGGGUAAUAGUUGCGCUAAUUUUUAUCUGGUCGAUGUCAGUUUUUUACGCAUCGAUCCCAGCGUUGUUUGAUGUCGGCAAACUAGGGUAUGAUACUCGUUACAGCUCAUGCACAUGGGACACGAGUCACCCUAAAUCGUCGAACUACAGUAUAAUUCUUGCGGUUCUGCUGUACCCAGUGCCAUUUCUGGUAAUAAUCGUUUGCUGUACACUUGUAUUUCAUCAUAUUCGUAAGCAUACUAACAUUAUGAAAUCUGAGUUGACUUAUGCCAUAGAUAUGGAUAAAUUAACGCACGACCGCCUAAAUAAGACCCAGAUUCAAGUAACAAAAAAUUUAUUUUGUGUCGUGGUCGUUUACGUGAUUUGCUUAACUCCGUAUACCGUGAAUCUGCUGGUGAGUGGUGUUGGCUCCAUUAAAGCCAUUCCCUAUACAACAUUGCUUUUGAUACUGAAUAGUUGCCUCAAUCCUCUCAUAUAUGCAACUAAACAUCCGGACUUUAAAACUGUUUUUAAGAGCAUUUCGAAAUGUGACUUGAAACGAAUUCCUGAUCGAGCUUAUUUUAUCAGAAACAUUAGACUACAUACAAGGUAAGCAAGCUAACCGAUAUUUGGACUUUGCCUCGCCUACAAGCAGAAGAAGUAGGGCUAUUCAAGUUUGUUUCCACUGCUCACUCUGUAUGAAGGUUUUACAGCGGAACGUAAACGUUUUAUAUCUUCUUUUCGGAGAUCCUGUCUUGUCAUGUAAAAAGCUUAGGAAGAGGGACGAAAAUCAAGAAUAAUAAGUUGAUCGACCAAUCAAACAAUCACUCGAUCACUCAAUCGAUAGAGCAGAAUAUAGUACCAGAAAUAUAUCAAUCAUUUAAUAUAUCUUAAUCAAUCAAUCGAUGAUGCAGUCAAGGCAGAGUUUAGUUCCAGAAUAACAUCAACC